GCGCACGCUCAUCAGACCGGUCGUAGUCGGAGGCCGUCAGGUCUGGCGUGCGUGUAUCGCGGAGGCUCACUUCACGAGUGUCACUCGUGGGAUUCGCAUCGGCACGAACGUUCUCCUCGGGUGUGUGCGUUAUCCGACAACGAGUGUUAUGUGCAUUUUGGCUUCGAGCUAACCGAUCGUCGACGGACGAGACCUUGUGGUCCACAGCGUGUAGCGACGCCGCUCCGGGUGUGUGCUUCGGGACGCGUCGUCUGCUCAGCAGCAAGAAUCCAAGAUGGCAGCGCCCGGCCGUACAGCGAGCGGAGCAGCCAGUUUGUUUGCAAGGACCCUAUGCGGACUGCUGCUCUGUGUUCUGCUGAAAUGCACUGUGGUCGCUUACGGCAAGCAGAUCACGUGCGCCUGCACGACGCAACACUGCCGCGACCAGGGCACGAGCCGCUGCAACACGACGUCCAUGUGCUACACGCAGUACCUGCAGAGCCGCGACCCCAACACGGACCCGAUCACGCGCGGCUGCAUCAACAGCCGCACGCCGCUGCUGUGCGAGAACCGGCGUCCCGCGGUGCACUCGGCCGCCCGGUGGCCGCAGCUCGUGUGCUGCAGCAGCAACCUCUGCAACGAGGGCAUCCUGCCACCGCCACUGCACACAGAGACGGCACCAUCGUGGCCCGCGCUUCGACCCGACGCAAGCAGCAGCGGCCUGGGCGAUGGCGCGCCCGCUUCCACCGAGCUGCCGCAGCAGCCGGCCGACGACGACGACGUCGGCGACGACCGCCUGCUGAGCCCCGUGCACGUGGCGGUGCUGUCGGUGGGCGCCUGCGCGCUGUUCGCCGUGGCCCUCCUCGUGAUCGUGGCCCUCGUGCGGCGCCACGCGGGACUGCUGGGCGCGCGCUACGUGCGCGGCAACUACAUCAAGGGUCGCCGCCAGAGCGCCUCCGACGACGGCACGCCGAACGGUGGCACCUACGACAACAAGAUGGCCGUCGUCUCCUGAUCGGCGCCGGCUGCCUCAGUGUGUGUGUGUGUGUGUGUGUGUGUGUGUGUGUGUGUGUGUGUGUGUGUGUGUGUGUGUGUGUGUGUGUGUGUGUGUGUGUGUUCGUGCGCGUGCACCUCUCAACGCGCCGUCACCAGGGAGACUCGUUUUCUCAGUGCACUCUGGUGGGGCGGACGCUCGAACUUGGGACCGCACGGUGCGCGCGAGUUAGGUGGAGCAGCCGUCGAAUGGCACCGCUAUUGGGACACUCGCGAGGAGCCGGCGAGGUAUCCGGGAGACCACGUGCAGAGCCAGCCAAGCCGUUAUGGUGACAUUUGGAAGUGUGGAGAUGUGACCUCUAUCAGAAACAAUCCUGCGGGUUCGCACUUCGGCCGGGAGAGGCCUGAACGCUGACCCAUGCUUUUCGUGCGGCAGCGAAAGUUGUCCCAAGAGUCAGUGCCUUCGCCGAAAACAUUGCAGUGUCGUGUGUUUUCGCGCCCGAGCGACCGCUCUUGCGAUUGUGGACCAGUUUAGCUCGAGGUCGUGCGAUCCGUGACCCCCGCGAGCAGCGCGUAUCUGGGUAGCCCAACUGUAUGCAAGCGGAACGUGCUUUUGUGAAAGACAACUUGCGUCCGGUUGCGUGCCCGCUGGCUUGCAGGUAGGCUGCACCGCAGGCGCUUGCUAGGGCAGGGGAGCUUCUCAUAGCGGGCCUGGUCGCGACGUCCUGUUGAUUCCGAGAAAAUCCGGGACCCCGCAGGGCAGGCGUGACGUCCCCGCGGCCCUACGUUGGCCGUGUAGUGUAUAACACUGCGAUUGAGCGCACGGCGAUGACCUUCGGAACGGGCGUUCCCGAUCGCGGUCGCUCCCGUGACCGUUUCCUGUUCGCCAGUCGCAGCCAAGAAUGCGCGCCUGCCUGUUCGUUAACUGCCAGCCGUCGCACCCUCGCGGGUCACGAUCGGGAGCAGGAUUUCUAGUACCGGCCUUCGCAGUAAUCGACACCUUAUCCGAUUAGGCAGUUUGUUAAACGCUCACAUGCCAUUGAAAUGAGUUUUCGUCGGCAACUUCGCCCAUGCACUGGUCACGGCAAAGAGGCCAAUCGCAUUGAGGCCAAAUAGUCGGUAGAUGAUAUGGUGGGCCACUGUUUAAUACUGGAGCUAUAUAAAUUACUGGUUUUCGCCGGACAAAUUGUCACUCUGAGAAACGUAUGCAAGUUCGCUGGUUCCGAAGGUACAGGUUCUGCUGUAGGAGGCGUUGGCGUUAAAUGAUUGCCGAACGGAGAUGCGGCCAAUGACGUGGUGUCGCGUAAAGCUAAUGAACGCAAAUAUUCCUAUGUAACUUAUACAAAACUAUCUUAUAUAAGGAAAUAUAGCGUACUAGGCGAUAUUCUCGAACGAAGGGAAAUGACCAUGUACAAAGUGCAGACUCAUACUUCAUUUAUUAGACGGGCAGUCUACGUUAAAAAAAAAUAAUAAUCUCUCGGCACCGUGCUAAUUACGCACAUCCAAUACUACAGCCGCGAAAGGGGCGCGUAUUCAGGGAUCAACUUACUAAUCGUUUCGCCAUCAUUCGUAGCGUUAGUAAGUUGGGCGUACAAAUACAAACGCACGAGAAAUAAUGUUACACUUGUUGAUUUCACCAACGAGCCAGCGUGUUGCUGCCUUUUUUGAACCGCGGGAGUACCACGACUUUUGUCGCGUUCUCCAAGAUCACAUGUUCCCGAUCGUUGGUUGUGUGCUUCGUGCCCCCUGUUCACUUGUUGUUCUCCGUGUUGUUGUUGUUGACCGUACAGUGUUGUUGUACACACGUCCUCCAGUGUACAGCGAAAGUGUUCCUCUAGGAAGUGGGACGCGCACGCACAGUUUUACGCUCUCAAUUUGUGCACUGUAAAUAUUGCCUAAUGGGCGCUCCGCCAACUUUUUCUCACCUACGCUAUACCUGACCAGCCACCCCCGCCUUAGUCGCUGUGAUAGGGGGUUUGUUGCUGGGAUCGCUGCUGAAAUACUGCCGAGAACAAGGGACGCAAAUUCUGCAGGCAUUCGUUCGAGAUUCGGUUCGUUUCUGGUUCUUCAUAAUGUCUCAUUUAGAUCUUUGUUAAACUAUACCGUGGCAGCGUAUUGAAGGUGUGCGUUUGUCUCGCUAAAAUUGGCAGCCUUAAAAAAAAAAAAAAGAAGGAAAGGACCUUAUUAUCGAGAGGAUAUUGGAGCCCCGUUAGUCUCUCGAUGAAAUAGCACAACUUAUCAAAUGGGGCUGAGGCAUGCCCCAAAUAAUCCCAGCUCCUGAUCUUUGUACAAAAGACACCAAAAUGUGCCUCGUUGAUCGUGCCUUUUCAAGAGCUUCGCACGAAUUUGCUAUCAUUGCUUGAACCUGAUCGUCAUUUCUAGUGAGAAUGGACCGAAAAAGAAGGUUUUGAUGCCUGCAGAAUGUGCCCCGAAUACGCGGAUCCCUACGCAUGGGUGCGCAGUGAGGUUCGCACGCCCGUCUUAUGGCUGGCCUCUUCCUAACUUUUCUCUCGAGAAACACAAGAGAAAUGUUUUGCUGCCUUUAAGUGGCAUCGCUCUUGCCUUAGCCAAACAAAUGGUGUCACCUGAAGGUUGCCAGUUUUGGCACUGCCUUGUCAGCUGCGCCUUCUCUGACUUCUAGACAAAGACACGGAUGGUCUGCAAUACAACACCAUUGUACGCCUUUACGGCCUGCUGGAGGCCCGUGUCCAAAAUCACGUCGAGUGUUCUUUACUAGCUGCCAGUUCCAAUGACCGUACCUUUUGACCAAUGACCGUGCAGGCUCCGCGAACGGACAGCCCACCACGUUACUAUGAAACCAGUCCGCGCGGCGAAAGAAAAAUAGAGCUGCAGAAGGGGAAGGGGGGGCAGACAUUACUUUGUGUCAGGAUAUCGCGUCGUCUGCUCAUGCGCCAGCUUCUUAUCGAGCACGGCUCUUCACUCACGGCAGUUGCGAAACGGUAAAUUGACUGCACGCCACCAGUAACCGACAUUACGGAAACUUCGCUUCGACGCGUCGCCACCAAUCGUCUUUUGAAAGGGGAUCGAUCCGGCAAACUCGGCUGCCAGAAAGGUACUAAUUGGAAAUGCUGUUUAUUUGGCGUUGCGUAAUGUGCUUUUCGCCAAUCACUGUGGCCAUUUUCUGAAACACGGAAAAUUUCGCAACUUUUGCAUGAUUGGAGAGCUCUGCCCUUGGAUAGUUUUCGGGGGACCGCGACCGGAUUCAGACCGCCGCUUUCUGCCACGGCCAUAGGAGGGCGCGCGCUGGGGCCUGGAGCUGUAAACCAGCGCGUCUGCUACGUACUGCGCACCGCCGUAGACUGCCGUCUGCAUCUUCCUAACGAAAGAAAGGGUUCGGUCGAGCAGAAGGCAAAACGAGCACCCGUUCCUCGUUGCGGGCACACACUCCAUGCUCGAGUACCGCGGCGCGCAGUUGGAACGCGACCGCCGCUGCGCCCCGUUCCAACUGGGCUCCGCCUCCCGUCUGCGAAGCCGAGGCCGCAGCAGACGUUUAUACAUUCCCAGAUAUCUCGCACACGUCCGCUGCUGCCAACGGACUUCUUUACUUUCCGGGCGCGCGAAGACGUGUUCAAAGUGCCUGCGCGCGGUUUCGCUUAAGGCCUGUUGCAGAGGGAUGCGCGAGAGACGGUAGUUUACCAAACAGCACCAGUGAUAUCGCUGCAUCCGUCUUGCAUUGCAUUGCCAUGGCCAACAGGCCGGUGCCUUCGCGCCUUGUUCUUCAUUUCUUUUCUCAUUUUCGUUGCUUCUUCAUUUUUGCGGCUUGUACUUCAAGACUAAAUUUCUAGUUUCUGUCGUUGCGGUGUUUUUGAGAUGUUUACUCGUUGCAUCAUCCAUUCCUGUGCCGUCCUUUAACUUUACCUUCCUUUUUCCCCUGCAAACCUGCGUCGGUACGACGCUUGACUAGAGUUGCACGAAUCUCGCUGUUUCGUUGUGUCGCAUGACAGAGUGUCCCUGCUCCGUCAAACGUGUUUUUCCGCCGAGAACCCACACGCAAAGUGUUGCCGUGCCAAACUUUGAAUGGCUGCUGUGCUUAAUGAUUGCAGUGUGAAGUUGCCGGGGGGGGGGAGGGGAAGGGGGAGCAGUAUUUGUCACUCGCACAGAGAAAGCUCUUAGCGACCGCUACCCAACACGCUCGAUACACACGUCGCAGAGUUCUCUGUUAGAGAAGGAGACGUUCUUCGUCGUUAUUCGUAUUUAAGCUUAUUUUUUACAGAGAAACUUGAGGGCAAAGGACAAUAAGGCACAAGCCUGUAUUCAACUACGUUACUAAAUCCUGUACAUGUUGAUAAGAACAUCAAUUUUUCUCUUCAACAUUGCUUAGUCUAGUGUUUUUGACGCGGCUACUGGAAGCUGUCUGGAUAUUUGGAUAAUCGGAGAGAACAUAGGGAGUGCGAUCCCGUCAUGGCGCCACUGGCCGUCUCACAGGCUAUCUCCAUGGGUGUUGUCAGGAUACCAUGCACUGCUUGGAGAGUCGCUUAUCAUUCGCAGGUGAAACACAUGUAUACAAACACUCACAGCAGCUUGCCAUAAAAGAGAACGCCUGCCAAUUAUUUGAUCAUUGAUUGGUACCAAUCUUAGUCGCGGUGCAAAAACAUUUAUUUCUUAGAGAGCAGCGACAAUGUUUAACUUUAUCCUGCUUAAAAUACUAAUGGUGCGCACCCUCUAACAGUGGACCAUCAUGUAUGCCUUGCCGAGGCGGGUCGGCUUUGCUGACUUUUAAGUGCCAGUGAGUGCUGUCUGACAGAUGUAAGUAUGCUUGAGCUGUUUUCCAAGCUCUGAUGAGUGAACACGCACGCUUUGCAUGUGGGUUCGUCGCGUGUGACUCAAAAAUCUCCCCCAUGUUGCACUCAUAACGAUCGUCUAGUUUGCUGUCACUUCGGUGCGAACGGGUUCCCCGCACUAUCACUGUUUUUUCUCAAGUCAUGUGUUCUUUUUUUUUUCUUGCACAGAAUUGUUGUCUUAACUUAUUUAUUUAUGCUCUGAUUAUUGAGUUAUCAUUAUUUGACUGUAUAUUAUUAGUAUAUAAAGAGAGAUGCUAUUCUAUUGAACGACAUGUCUCAGUUAAUUCAAUGUGUCUUUGUUGGUUGACGGUAGCGUGGUUGUACAUAAGAGUGAUAUAUACAUAUGUGCGUUUGGGAGUUUUCGUUUUUUUUUUGUACAAAUGUCUAUAUGCACAGUUGCCAAGAUGAAUGAAACACCAUUGUAGAAAAAAAGAAA